UAUAAAAACUCAGCAAAAGCUGGUUGUUAAUCACACUGCACAGGGAGUUGAGCUGGAAACAUCUGACACAGCACUGCCAGAAGACAAAGAUGUUUACACAAAGACAGAUGUACCUGGAGAAGGCCAUCUUCGCGGCGGUGGCAGUGCUUCUUUUCGCCACCGCAGGACAAUCUGCACUGCUGACAGACGACCUCCAGACCACAACAACUCCUGCCCUGUCAGACUCAUCUCUCACCACGCAGCUCAGCAACAGCAGUGUGGAGGGACCUCGGGUUCUGCGAACACACAGAUCAUGUGGAAGCGAACAUGAAAAUUACUGCGAAAACGAUGGCAAAUGCAUGUACCCCCAAGACAGCGACAAACCUUUUUGCAUCUGCACAUCCUUGUACAGCGGGACUCGUUGCAUGUUCUACAACCAAGCCAGUCGCAAGCCGCUUGAGUUAGAGCAACUGAUUGGCAUCACUUUUGGGGUCGUCAUAGUCGUCAUCAUCCUGGCCAUCAUAAUUUGCUGCUUUGUCAAUAAGAGAUGUGUAAAAUCAGCACCACUAAUGAAAUCGGUACCAUCUCAGAUGUCAGUGUGACCCCUACAACUCACUGUUCCUCCUCCUCCUCCUCAUCAUCAUCAUCUACAACAUUGUCACCAACAUUAUCAGUGUUGUUACUCUUUGGAAAAACAUAAACCACUUUUUUUUCUUUAUUAAGGUUUUUAUUUGAUGUGCAUAAAGAAAAUUUGAUGUAACUUUUAAAAAAACACACACAGCACUGUGAAAUCAAGGCAUCUGAAUGAGGAAAACUGAGCUGUGUCACACCUGGUGGUGAAGUGAGGCUGCACAAA